ACUGUCCAUUUUGAAUGCAUAUAUCUUCUAAAUGUUUUGGAGCGCACUAGCGUAUAGAUAACCAAGUUCAUACUAAAACGUCCAUUUGGACUUCAUGGGGACUUUAGUGACCAAUAAGUGGUCAUAGUGGAAAGAAAACCCUAAUGCACAGUACAGAGGUCAAAAUCUGUUCCAAAAGAUUCCUGAUGAAUCAAAAAGCAUCGUGACUCCUGAAUCGAAACGGAAACAUUCAGGAGUGAUCCAGGAAUCUCCCUUCCUAAGAAGUGGAAAGAGUUUAUUCAUAAUGGUUACGUUUUCAACACAGAUUGCUGCUCGGAAUGCUAAUGAAGAAGACUAGUGAGGGAUGGCUGUUGAAUAACGAAACUAUAACCCUAGUUAUGUUGUUAAUCAUUUAGCUAAACGUUUUAAAGUAAUCUCGAUACCACACAUGGUACAGAGGUGGGCCUCGAAAUAACUAGCUGGAGUGAUCAAGUGUAACAGCAUUCAGUUUAUUUAAACACAUACACGGCUUUAUGACUUCAGCGACUAUGUUUCUCACACACUGUUUAUUACUGUUGUUGUUGUUAUAAUGACUUUUUUUAUGACUGUUGUUGGUGCUGUUAAUGAUAGAUUAGAGAUAAGCUCAGACAUCUAACGAGCCAAGGACCAAAUCAGGAAAUAAAACAAACUGCCCUUACUAUAAAAUAAAACAUCUUAGUUCUUUUUAUUUUGUAUUUUUUAAUUUAACUACAGAGACAUUUGAUUAGACGAAUAUAUUCCAACACAAACAUCAACAACACAAUCAAUCGCACCACGUACCUCACAGCCCUGACCCGGAACUCGCAUUUUCUGACUUCCUGUCCCUUCCAGACGGAAUGUUGUUCAUCGCCACCUACUGGAUUGCACUCGAAAUCCAGUUUCAAUGAUUUAUCUUUAUUAUGUAUUAACGCGUGUUAUUAUCCAGCGCUUUAAACAUUUGAACGCUCGCAUAUGCUCUUUUUCUGUUUCAUAAUCCGACUCGAAACGGAACCGCAAUAAAAAGCCGGUCUCGUAGGAACUAUUUCACACAGGAAGUGUUUCCUGGAGGACCCUCUCAGUGAACGGACGCUACUUGUUUUACACCUGAGAAGGGACUGCAAUGGGAGUUCAUGGCCUGUGGAAAUUACUGCAGAGCACAGGAAAGCCCAUCAACCCGGAAACACUCGAGGGGAAGAUCCUAGCAGUUGAUAUCAGCAUCUGGCUAAACCAAGCAGUCAAAGGGGUGCGGGAUCGCGAUGGCAACAACGUCCACAACGCCCACCUUCUUACGUUGUUCCACCGGCUGUGCAAGUUGCUGUUCUUCCGCAUCAGGCCUGUCUUUGUUUACGAUGGAGAUGCACCUCUGCUUAAGAGACAGACCCUGGCCGUCAGGAGACAGAGGAAGGAGGAGAUGGCUCUUGAGUCCAAGCAAACCCAUGAGAAGCUCUUGAGAACGUUCCUGAAGAGACAGGCCAUCAAGGCUGCGCUAGGGGACCGCAGUCAAGAAACAAUUCCCAGUAUUUCUUCUGCACGAAGAGAUGAGGUGGAUGAAAUGUACGCUUUACCAGCACUGCCUCCUGUAGAGGAAAAAGAAAGGAGCAGUUCUGAUGAAGAACCAGAAAGAGAUGAGGCACAAACACAAGAGCCCUCUCACACAUUCCAGGACGAGAUUUAUGACGAUCCCAAUUCCGUAGACAUAAACUCUGAGGAUUUCCACCUCUUGUCACCAGAGAUCAAACACGAGAUUCUCAAAGACAUGAAAGAGUUCAGCAAGAGAAGACGCACACUUUUUCACAAACCUCCCGAGAAGUCAGGGGACUUCUCUCAGUAUCAGCUGGCAGGGCUGCUGCAGAGGAAUAACCUGAACCAACGUCUAGAAGGUGUGGAGAAAGAAAUGAGCCAGAGAAGAUGCGGAGCUGUGGAGGAGGAGUACGGCCAGAGUGACGAGCACGACGUCGAGUCACGCCGUCUCCUAUCUGAGGAUUCUUCACACUAUAUACUCGUCAAAGGGUCCCGAAAGAGCUCGGAGGCUUCUGAGAACCAUCCAGCCCCAGAUCCCUGGUCUUGUGGCCCUUGGUCAAGGAAAGGGAAACUCAAAGGAAGGCCAGAACCGCUUUGGCGCCCGAUAUCAGAUGGCAUUCGUGAGGAAAACGAGCCGACUUCUUCCUCUUCUUCAUCGACAACUCCAAAACCAAUCAUCUGUAGCGAGGAACAGCCUUCAGAUGGAGCGCCUCCUUCCCCACGAACCCUUCGGGCCAUUCAGGCAGCCAUGAUGGACAGCAGCUCGGAUGAAGAUGAAUUGGCCUCUAAGAAAAUGAUCCGAGAUGGAUGUGGAACAGCAAGUUCUCAAGAUGGAAACGGCGGAGUGUCACCUCGCACCUUGCAGGCCAUUCAGAGGGCCCUGAUGGAGGACAACAAUGUAUCUGAAGACCUCUGCAAAGCGGUUCAAUCUCAGCAGCAGAAGUAUGUCAUUGUCAGUAGCUCUGAUGAUGAUGAUGAUGAUGAUCAAACAGAAAGCACAGUGGUCGAAAGGAGCAUCUUGGGUGAGGCUCGGGAAGCAGGUGGAGUUUCUCCGCAGACUUUGCUGGGCCUUCAGAGAGCCUUAGGAGAAAAAGAGUCAUUUACUGGGAUUAAGCAGGUGGAGCAUGUGGGUUUCUUGAGCAGUUCUGAAGGGGAGGAAAUGGAAGAGGCAGUUGGAGUAACGAGCAAGGAGUUCAAAGCUGCUACACAUACUAAGGAAGAGGAGCAUGCCAAAGGUGCCUUAAAAACCGCUUUCUCCCCCUCACCUCUACAGUCUGAUGAGGACAACUUGCCUCAAGACCAUGAAUCCAGUUGUAAUUCUGAAAACGAUUUCCUGCAGAAAGGAAGUUUGAACGUUAACUUAACCGAGGAGACCGAGGGGAGAAAUGGGCUCAUGAUCGUAAAGAGUGAAGAGGAGGACAGCAGCUCUGAAGAAGGUUUCGUUGAGGUUUCAGAAGGGGAAGAGGUGUCUGAAUCGGAUAAUUCAGGAACCAAAUCAGAAGAACGCUUAGCAGAAAUGAGUAAUAAAGAGGAGGUGGUGGGAAGCGAUGAAGAGGAGAGCCAAGAGAACGAGUCAAGUGACGGAACUCUGUCAUUAAACACCCGUACAGUGGAGGAACAAGAAGCUGAAAGCUCUCGAGAAGCGACCGCUGUUCCUGCGCCGAGUGAGUGGGACAACAUUGACAUGGAGGAGCUGGUACAGUUGGAGAAAAAUCUUCAGGCAGAGCAGAGCAGCCUGCGCGGGCAGCAACAGCAACAGCAGCGCAGCGCUGCGACAGUUACAGGACAGAUGUGCCAGGAGAGCCAGGAGCUGUUGCGGAUGUUCGGUGUGCCCUUCAUCGUUGCUCCAAUGGAAGCGGAAGCUCAGUGUGCAACUUUGGACCGGACGGACCAGACGCACGGCACCAUCACUGACGACAGUGACGUCUGGCUGUUCGGAGGACGACACGUCUACAAAAACUUCUUCAACAGCAACAAAUACGUGGAACACUACCAGUAUCUGGAUAUCCAAAACCAGCUAGGACUGGACAGGACUAAGCUGAUCAAUCUGGCCUAUCUACUGGGUAGCGAUUACACCGAGGGGAUCCCAGGAGUCGGAUACGUCACAGGCAUGGAAAUACUAAACGAGUUCCCUGGGCCUGGUUUAGAACCUCUCACUCAGUUCAGUAAGUGGUGGAGUGAAGCUCAAACCAGUAAGAAGCUGGCUGCUGAUCCUAAGCACACAAAGGUGAAGAAAAAGCUAAAAGGCUUGAGUCUUCAUGCAGGCUUCCCCAACCCUGCUGUCGCUGAGGCCUACCUCCAGCCCACUGUCGACCAAUCAGAGAGCUCAUUUUGCUGGGGCCGCCCACAACUGGAUCUCCUCAAAGAGUUUUGCUAUAGUCGAUUUGGUUGGAAUAGCAGGAAAACCGAAGAAACUCUUCAACCAGUCCUAAAACAGCUCAGCACUCAACAGACUCAGCUGCGCAUCGACUCCUUCUUCCGUCUGGAGCAGCAGGAGAGGCAGGCCAUCCAGAGCCAGCGCUUACGUCGAGCCGUCACCUGCCUCAAGAGGAAGGAGCGCGAUGGAGCAGAUAAUGAAGCAGAGAGCAGUGAAGAUGAAAAGGUCUCACCAGUCAAGAAAGGGAAGAACGCCAAAGAGAAAGGAACUGAUGUUACGCCUGCAGGGAUGUUCGGAGGAGGUUUUAUUGGCUUGGACAUGAGUUCUAAUAGGCCGGAAGAGAAGGUGAUUGUGGACGAGGUCGAGAAGCAGCCUAAAACAGUAAAGAGUGAGCUGUUGAAAGCCCAAUCCAACAGCAGCAGCAGUAGUUCAGAAGAUGAACUCGAACAUAAGAAUAGAGCCACUAUGGUUACCGCACAGUCUGUAUUUGAGGGGAAAACAAGAGGAAGGGGAAGAAGAGGAGGAAGAGGAAAGACCAAGAAAAACUUCUAAUUACUUAAAUAUUAUUUUAAGGGAGAAGGUGACUCAAGCAUGAUGUGAAUGAAAUAACAUGAAAUUAUGGCAGAAAACUGAAGUAAUAUGUUUGUGUACAAUUUGAUCAUGUGUAUAUUCUUGUACUUUUUUAAAUAAAUGGAAAAAAAAAUCAGUUGACAGACAAAUUUCCCCAUGUCAGUGGUGCAAGAAUAUGGAAUGCCUAAAUGCCACAGAUUUUGUUCAGUAAAUAUUCCUUCAAUAUGACCUGUUACUACGUAAUGUCUUUCAUUAUGUAGUCCACAGGGUCCUUACCUCAGUCCUGGAUUACCCAUUAUCCUGCACAUUUUAAUGUCUUCUCUGCUUUCAACAUGGCUGAUUCAACUAAUCAGUUAAUUGACAGCCCAUCCUGAGCUAAAGUCAUGUGUUCGAACAAGAAAUUUAAAAUUGUCAAUAAAUGAAUGUCUCGCUGUUACAAGGUUCUGACUCAUCCGUGAUAGUCUGUCUAUUUAGUCUAGACUAUUUUCUUAGUCUAAGUCCUAAUGGCCCCAAUGUG